AGGCACCGUUGCAAAAUGGCCGGCUAGCUACUGUACUGCCUUCCGUCGUCGCGACCAAAUAUUUGGUCCAACGGAUUAUUCUUGUGUCCAUCUUCGCUGACGACAUGAUGCUACCUUGGACAAUCCCACCAUGCAGCACCCAUCACAACACCCCGUCGUCAUCGGCGACCCCGAUCUAGGAGUCAAGAUCAUGGAGUUUGAAAACGAAGACGACUUUCUGCUCCAGCAGCGACGAAGCCCUACCCCGCGACAGAGGAUGCGGGCGCUACUCCGUCAAAUGCGAUACGGUCCGCUCGGAAGACUGCGUAAUGCCCUGUUCUUCCUCGGCACCCUCCUGAUCUUUGGCUGGAUCAUGCUCCCAUACGACAACGUUGUCCGUCUCGGCCUCCGAUUCAAUGUCAAGAAGUUCCAACACUACCUUAACUCCCACCCAGUUGAGAAAUGGCUAUUUGCGCCACCAGCAUACCCCGUCGAUCUGGGCACAGACACUGUCGUCAUCGUCAAGACCGGAUACGGCACGCGCAUAAGGGCAAACGCCUGGUUCGAAGCUCUCAGCGCCUCCAACGAGUUCCGCGACUUCCUCAUUAUCGCCGACUAUGCCUCCAAGCCAGGUCAAGAGGCCAAUAACCAUGGCACGCCUCUACUGAUACAUAACGUUGUCAAUCAGACCUUGAGCUCCUUGGGACCGGCCGCCAGCUUGUCCAACUCACGAGUUGCGAAAUACCUUCGAUUUGCCGAAGCGAUAGAGAAUGGAAAACAAGAAGAAGCAGACCAGCUGGCCAAGUCCACAGGCUGGGAGAUAGACGCCCUCAAGUUCAUCUCGGGCCUCGAACUCGCUUACUCCAAGUUCCCCAACAAAAAGUGGUACCUCCUCGUCGACGACGACACCUACCUUGUCCAACCAUCCUUAAAACCCCUCCUCGCCCACCUCGACUCCGAAGUCCCCUACUACCUCGGCAACGCAGUCGGCGACUUCCGCGUCCGCUUUGCCCACGGCGGCUCCGGCAUCAUCUUAUCGCAAGGUGCCAUGUCCUCCCUCAUUCUCGACAACCCACACGCCGUGCGAAACGCCCACCUCGAAUCACUGUCGGAAACAUGGGGCGACCGCUUGCUGGCCAGGACACUGAUAAGAGCCGGGGUAUAUCUGGAUGAGGAGUACAGCCAUUUGUUCAGCGGCGAACCUCCAUGGUGGGCCAAAAUUCGCCCGGAUCGGUUCUGUAGUCCUAUUAUCACGUUCCAUGGACUGGGCCAGCCGGAGAAGAUGCACCAGGCAGGCGAGAGCUUCAGGAAUGUGAGCAAGCCACUACUGUGGAGCGAUAUUUGGGACGUGUAUGGGAUGUCGAGGCCGUGGAGGCAGAGUACAUUGACGGAAGACGAGCUGGCAAAACCAAUAGAGUAUGCGAAUUGGGAUCAUGCAGGUGGGAGUGGUGGGGAGGUGGCAGUAGUUGAGGGUGUCGAGAAGGCGGAGGAGUGCGGGAGGAAGUGCUAUGAGAGGGGGAACGAGUGCAUGGCUUGGACGUGGGAGAAGGAGACAAGGAGGUGUAAUCUCAGUCCGUGGAUGAUUGUGGGAGAGAGGGUUGAAGGGAAGGUGAGCGGGCCGAAUGGAAAGUUGGCGAGGGAGUUGGAGAUGGUUUGUUUAAAGUAUUAGCAGACCGGGAGAUGACAGAACGGCUAUGAACAGACGUGUUGCUACUCAGCGGGAUGAAAUACCUUCACGACCUAUAUUACACAUACUGCUCCAGUCAGAAAAGACGUGCGGCGGAGCAUCGUGAGAUCCUAUGCUAGAAGAGCAGAAUACCCGGCUCAUGUUUAUUCAUGAGUAUUCUUAUUAACACAUGAUUAACAA